AUGGCCUUCCCCUUCAAGUCACUGGUCCUCUUCGUCUACAUCUUCACCUUCCUCACGGGGCUGCCUGCCAACCUCUUUGCCUUCGUCACCUUCAUGCGCCAGAUCCAGCACCAGUCCAACCCCGUGGCCGUGCUGCUGCUCAACCUCACCGUGUCCGACCUCCUCCUCCUCCUCUUCCUCCCCUUUAAGAUGGCUGAGGCAGCUGCUGACAUGAACUGGCCACUGCCAGGUUUCCUUUGCACCCUGACCAACUACUUCUACUACAGCAGCAUCUAUACGAGCACCUUCCUCCUCACGGCCGUCAGUGUGGAGCGCUACCUGGGCGUAGCCUUCCCGGUGCAGUACAAGCUGCGGCGGCGGCCGGCCUAUGCCAUGGUGACCAGUGUGGCUGUCUGGGUGCUGGCUGGCGCACACAGCGGGAUCGUCUUCAUCUCUGAGGUGCAGACACCUGGCACCAACAUCACCCGUGCCAAUGUCUCCCGGUGCUACGAGGACUUCACUACAGAACAGCUGCAGGUGGUGUUACCUGUCCGCCUGGAGGUCUUCCUUGUCCUCUUCUGCCUCCCGUUCACAGUCACCCUCUUCUGCUACGUCAACUUUGUGCGGAUCCUCCUGGCCCUGCCCAACAUCCCGCGGCGGAAGAAGUGCCGGGCAGUGGGGUUAGCCUUGGCCACCUUGGCCAACUUCAUGGUGUGCUUCGCCCCCUACAACAUCUCUCAUGUGGUGGGCUUUGUGGAGAACAAGAGCAUCCAGUGGCGGGUCUACGCCCUGCUCCUCAGCACCUUGAAUGCCUCCUUGGACCCUGUCAUCUUCUACUUCUCCUCCUCUGCUGUCCAGAAGGCCCUGGUGGGGUCCUGGCUUGUGCUGGGGAAGCGGCUGCAUGCCAUGGCACCCCUCUGCUACUGCCUGCACGGAGGCAGGGAGGACCAGGUGGGCAACAGGGACAAGGUCGAGGUCGAGGGAUCAUCCACCUGA